AUUAUUAAAACAAAAUUAAUAAUACUGUAACUUAUACGAAAUCGUUUUCAGUAGCUUAUACAUAUUUAUUUGAAAAUGCAAAUGUAAGAAUAAAAAGUUUAUUAAUCUAUUUAAAUUAAAGUUUGAAUAUAUAUAUUUAAAAAGCUACAACUGAGACAAUCGCAAUUUUUUCAUUAACAAUUUUUAUGCAUUUUGAGCAACUGGUCACUUAAAUUCACACAGCUGUCAGGCAACAUUUGUUUACAUCUGAUUUUUUGCCAUUUGUGAUUUGUUGGCUCUUUCCGGCUUUUACGUUUAUUAAAAAAAAUCUGCAAUUUCCUAUUUUAAUGUAUAUUUCGUAUAAUAAAAAAUGGUACUAAAUAGACGAAAAGUGUAAUAAGAUUUUAAAUAUUAAAGCAUUCACAAAUACCACAGCGGUAUGGCAUUUUUUGAAGACUGUAUAAUCGUGUUCGUAUCGCAGAUCCUGUUCUUUACUGGAGGCUGGCUAUUUUUUAUGAAACAACUAUUUAAGAACUAUGAAAUACGACACAUUUCCGUACAACUCAUAUUUUCGGUGUGCUUUGCACUCUCGCUCACGAUGUUUGAGUUGAUAAUAUUCGAGAUUUUGGGCGUGCUUGAAUCGAGUUCACGUUAUUUCCACUGGCGUCUGGGUUUAACGCUGUUACUACUCAUGGUAAUAGCUGUUAUACCACUAUACAUUUUAUAUUCCGUGAUACAUAGUUUAUCUUUUGUAUCUGACAAAGCGGUGCGUAUAUUGACCGUACUCUGUUGGUUCGUAUUUCUAUAUGGGCUCUGGAAAAUUGGUGAUCCAUUCCCACUGCUGAGCGUUUCACAUGGAAUUUUCACCAUCGAACAAGGUGUAUCGCGUAUUGGCGUAAUUGGUGUAACCGUGAUGGCUGUACUGUCUGGUUUUGGUGCGGUUAACUGCCCAUACCAAAGCAUGACUUAUUUUAUAAAACCUGUCUCGCAAAGUGACAUUAUAAAUUUGGAACGGCGCUUACAGCUAACAGUCGAUAUGAUUGUAGCGAAAAAGAAGCGCAUUGCGCUUGAAAUGCAUAGGCGCAAGAAAGAAACCCAAAACAAGAAAGGUUUAUGGAAUAUAUUAAGUUCGGCAGUUAAUCGUUUGGAUAGCAGUGGUCAAGAUAUUGGCCAACUGCGUUUAGAGAUUUACGGUUUAGAGGAACUGAUGCGUCAGCUUUUCAUGGAAAUCAAUUCUAUGAAAAAUAUGCAAGAACGCCAAAGGUGGUCGCAAACGUUGCAGGGUAGAUAUUUUAAUGUUUUGGGACACUUUUUCAGCAUAUACUGCCUGUAUAAGAUUUUUAUUUGCACGGUUAAUAUUAUAUUUGACCGUGUGGGUCGUAAAGAUCCUGUAACACGCGGCCUAGAGAUUGCCGUGCAUUGGUGUGGCUUCGAUAUAGAUCUUGCUUUCUGGAAUCAACAUAUAUCCUUUUUACUUGUUGGCUGUAUUGUCGUGACGUCCAUACGUGGUUUGCUGUUGACAUUGACGAAGUUUUUCUACAGAAUUUCGUCUAGUAAAUCAUCAAACAUUAUUGUGUUAAUAAUGGCGCAAAUAAUGGGCAUGUACUUCUGCUCCUCAGUUCUACUGAUGCGUAUGAACUUGCCUGCCGAAUAUCGUGUUAUAAUUACUGAAGUUCUAGGAAGUCUGCAUUUUAAUUUCUAUCAUCGUUGGUUUGAUGUUAUAUUCCUGGUUAGUGCACUGAGCACUAUAUUAGUACUAUAUUUAUCUCAGAAACCGAAAUAUGAUGCCAGCAUAGAUUAGUGAAAAAUUUGCCUACGAUUUACAACAAAAAAGUUCUUUAUAGUUAAAAAAAAACUUUUUGUAAUAUAAUGUUACAAUAACUAUAAGUAAGCACAUAUGUGUAUGUAUGUGUGUUUCGUACAAGUACAUGUACUCGUAUUUAGUAAACCAAAAAUAUUUAAUUGAAUAAUUGUAAAUUCUGUUAAGCUUAGUCUAUUAUAAUUAACUGAAACUACUAAAGCUAUAAACCAUUUUAUGUCUGCAUGUGAAACAUAGUAGAUUAUUUGGAUUAUUCCGCAAACGCACAAAUCGCAUGCGAUUAAUACGGAAUAAAGUAUUUUAUCACUGCUAACGCAUAUUGCAUUAAAAUAUUCCAUUAUUUUAAAGCAAUCAUACUACAUGUAUUCUUAUGAAAUUAUUUUUAAUAAAUAAAGCUAUUAAAUUUGUAUACAAGAA